UUACCGCGGCAACGCGCGGGUAUAACACUAGUUAAGAACUAUAAGAAGAAGCGGGUGACAUCCGCUAAGCGUGGCGGUCGGAGAAUCGAAACGUCGUCGUCUCCUUAUCCUCUAAAGUUUCCUCGGAGGUUCAGACGGCGUCGUCUUUUCUCCAAAUCACCGUUUACUGCUCAAGACAUCUUAUAAUCCAAGUUCACCCAAUCUCAGGAGAGAUUAUGGAAGAUGAUGCAAUAUUGAGGGGAGACAAGCUUAUAUUGAGAGGAUUGAUGUUCCAUGGUUUUCAUGGGGUGAAAUCUGAAGAAAAGAAGCUGGGUCAGAAGUUUUUGAUAGAUGUUGAUGCUUGGAUGGAUCUCCGCCCGGCCGGUUUAUCUGAUCGGUUGUCUGAUUCUGUUAGUUACACCGACAUUUAUCGCAUAGCGAAGGAAGUAGUUGAAGGACAACCCCAUAAUCUUCUUGAGUCGGUUACUCAGCUCAUUGCAUCUACAACCUUAACAAAACAUCCCCAGAUUACGGCUGUUCGUGUGAAGGUCGGGAAGCCUCAUGUUGCUGUUCAGGGUCCUGUUGACUAUUUGGGUGUCGAGAUUCUUAGAUUCAGAAGUACUGAUGUACCAGAGUAGGAGAAUUAUUUUGGUUUGCUUAACUUUGUCAGCAUGUGUCCUACAACUGAUUGGUAUUAAGGAUUGAGGGAAUGGGUGUGCAAGUAUGGAAGAAUUUCACAGAAUCAUG